UGCAAGGGUGCCAACAUGAAAUUGCUUGAAAAUCAGAAGAUGAGUGAAAAUGGGGCACCAUAUAUAUGACCUAUUUGCAAUACAAGUGGAGGGCCAUAUGAUUUCUCCUAACAACUCUCAUCAUACCAUGGUAUUUAUGGCUAUCUGAUACUUUGGCUUGUUGUACUUUCCUGAGGCAGCAGAUGGUACCCUACUUACUUUGCUCAGAAAGCAUUCCUGCAUCAGCUCAGGGGUACUGCUACUCAUCUAUACUUAAAGGAUUCUAGUAGGUAGGUAGUCUUCUUGUCUCUUGCUUGCUGGCCUUGCCAUUUUGUAGUGGAAGCAAAGCAAGCCUCCAGCGUCUCUGAUCGCCUUCAAAAGGUCCCUUCAGGAGCCCGUUCCUACUUCCAUUCCAUAACCAGGUGGGAAGCCAGUAUCUGCAAAGCUGUGGCAUGGCCGCCGCCCAGUCUGGCCGUGCAGAGAUCGACACCUCGCGUGCGUUCCGGUCUGUCAAGGAGGCGGUUGCAGUGUUCGGUGAGCGCAUCAUCGCCAGAGAAACACAGGUCAGGCUGGGUGUGCGUGCCGACCACCGCAUUGUUAGGGAGAGGAGCUCUUGGCGGGAUGCCGUCGCCAUUGCUUCCUCAAACGAGAAGCUUGAGGGGAGUCAUGGUGUUAGGCCUUCUGACCUCAUCAGGGAGAUCCACUCCAAUCCAAGCACCAUUGCUGUCGCCAUUGCCAAGCAUGAGAAAAAUAGUAGUGAGCCUGUUACAAAUCUAACGCCGGUGUCCUAUGCCCAGCCAAUGUGCCUGGUCCCAUUGUCUCCGCCGCUGUGGGCACCAUCACCAUCGCCGGCGCACAACGACGACAAGCAGGACCGGAAGGAAGGCAACCUCAUGAUCAUGAGCUCCAUCAAGAAGGUGGAGGAAGAGGCGACCAAGACAAGGCAGGAGGCGGUGCAGCUCAAGAAGAGGCUGACUGAGCUAGAACUGGCCAUGGCGAACCUCAAUGCGAAGCUCCAUCGUGCCCUCUCGAAGCUCGCCCACAUAGAGGCCGACGAAGCGGCGGCUGCACGGGCUAGCAUCCAGCAAAGGGACAACAACAUGGUUGCACUUGCUGUCUGGACUGAGCCGAAGCUUGAGCGGGAAACCCCGAGGCGUCCAUUGGGGCAUCUGCUGAGCUUAGACGAUGGGGACGAGGAGGUGAUCCAUGUCCAGAGAAGGGAGACACCAACGAUGAAGAGGAAGGUGCAGAAGCAGAAGCCCAUUGUGCCCCUUGUUGUUCCUCUCAUCAACGGCAUGCUCUUCUCCAAGAAGAAGGGGAUCCAAGACAAGGAGAGCUUGUACAUGAAGGAGCUCUACAGCUUGUUAAGGCUGUCUUGAUCAGUUGCUUCCAUGCUGAUUAAACCUGGCGCUAUAUGCGCUGAUGUGUAUGAUUAGUUGAUCUGGACAUACUCCCCCUGCCCUACAAUAUAAGACAUUUUGACAAGCUAUUUUAACCUGUCAAAAGGUCUUAUACUAUAGGCCCGAGGGAGUACAAUAUAUCUAACUAAUUUCAAAUCUUUUGUUAGGUUCUGUG